CUCAACUCUUCUCCUUGAAAGAAUUCAGUUUCAAGACGAUGCACACCAAAUCAGAAUCCGAUGCAACAAGCUCAGUUGACCCAUCGUCUCCAAGAUCCCCAAAACGCCAACUCUACUACGUCCAAAGCCCUUCCAGGGACUCCCAGGAUGGAGACAAGUCAGCUUCCAUGCAAGCAACACCCGCCAACAACAGCCCCAUGGAAUCUCCUUCCGACCCUUCUUACAGCCGUCACUCCAGGGCCUCAUCCGCCACUCGUUUCUCUGGAAGUCUCAAGAGAGAAAGGAAGAGAAACGAGAAGGGUUGGACCGAGUGUAAUGUUAUUGAAGAAGAAGGGGAUUAUGGGGAGUAUUUCUAUGGGAGGGAUAAAGGGUUGACGAGAAGGUGUCAGAUUUUGAUGGGUGUGUUUGGUUUCGUGGUGGUUUUCAGUUUGUUUUGUUUGAUCAUCUGGGGUGCCAGUCGGCCUUACGAAGCACAAGUUGCUUUUGAGAGCUUGACGGUCCAUAAUUUUUAUUUUGGAGAUGGAGCGGACAUAACAGGAGUUCCAAGCAAGAUGCUUACCUUGAAUUGUUCGGUGACGAUGACAGUAUACAACCCUGCCACUUUCUUUGGUAUUCAUGUUAGCUCCAAUCCAGUCAAUCUAAUGUACUCAGAAAUUGCAGUGGCAACUGGUCAGUUGAAGAAAUACUAUCAACCAAGAAAGAGUCAUCGUACUGUGUUCGCGACUCUCCAGGGAGAUAAGGUUCCUUUGUAUGGGGCUGGGGCAAGCUUAGGAGCCUCAGUCGAUGUGGGUGGAGUUCCAAUGGAGUUGAUCUUUGAAGUUCGAUCCAGAGGUAAUGUGGUGGGGAAGUUGGUGAGGUCUAGGCAUCGAAAACGUAUCUCUUGUUCCUUGGUUAUUGACUUCCAUAGUAACAAACCUCUCAACCUAGAAAAUAGGUCAUGCAUAUACGACUAAGUUUGAGAGUGGUGGUUCUCCUACAGCUCAACCAAUUGCUCUCCGCUUGGAAAUGGUGGAUUUGGCUGAUUUGAAUCAUUUCCAGUAGUGCUUGGUAUGUGUGUGGAAGUAAUAAUUUCCUUGGAAAAUAAUAUCAAUCAGUUUGGGGUGAAAUUGA